AUGACUUCAACUACGAUAUAUGAUCCUACAAUAAGGACCCCUCCAUCUCUCUUUCCUCUCCUUACCCCUCAGCACCAACACCGGAGACGACAUUUUUACCUAUGUGGUGACGAAACACUAUCAUGGGAAUCCGAAUGGUACACCGCAUCUUUCUUUACUGGUGCAAGAGCUUCGUACGAUUCUGCAGCUUCAACUGGACCUGUACAACCUCCAACAGGGAUCUAUCAGAAUGUUCCACAGUGCGCUGCUAUACUCUCUUCGCAACUUGCUAAAGCUUCCAGUGGUGCUUUGUCAGCUGCUUCAGCUUCAGGGGCAACAAUAACGGAAGGAACACAAGUCAUCACUACUAUCGCGGUAUCGACUUUCACAUCGGAUGGGAGUACAUUCGCUUCUUCUGUUUUACGAACAACGACCAUACCCAUCACAACUUCUCCGACCGCCACACAGACCUUCUCAGCCUCGGAAGAAGCUACCAUCACGCCUACCGCUCCAGCCAGUGCAAUCACAGACCCCAGCUCUAUCAACACCUGUGCAGGAGAUUGGGAUUGGCAAGGAUGGGCAGUAGUAGCUGGAUUAGGAUCAGGACUGAUAAUAGGUGGAAUCAUGUGGUUGAUCUGGUUGAUGUUGAGAAGCAAAUUACCUGGUAUUUACGCUCCGAGGACAUGGGCUAUAUCUCAAGAAUUCCGACCUUCUCAAUGGACAUUUCUCACUUUCCUACUUCCUUUCCUGCAUCUUCCUUCAAACGCCUUGUCGGAAGGUGCAUCAACUUUAUCAGUACUCUUCGCAGGCCUCAAGCUUUCCGCUCUCGUAUCACUCCUUGCUCUAGGUGGGGUCCUACCGAUGAUCCUGGCUGGUGUACCAUGUCUUAGCGAAACUUCGCCCCAGAAUAAUUUGGGUGGCAGAUUAGGUACUUUGACGGAUUUAUCUUUACUUAGGUUAUUGAACGCUCUAGACCCUAGUCCAGACUCAGCAGCUACUUCAAAUACUCUUCGAUUGAUGUUCUCCUCCUCACCUUUGGGCUCCAUGGGCUCCAGAUCAUUAACUUCUACUAUUGCUCCUGCAAUAUCAUCGGCUAGAGUCAGGCUGAUAAUCGUCCUGGUGAUAUUGGCGGUUUUAGCUUGUGGAGGAGGAUUGUUCGUGAUUGCUAGAACGUACGCUUCACUGAUAAAGUUGAAGAAAAGCUUUGAGAAUAGGACGUGUCAGAAGAUGGAGAUGGUCUUCAUAUCUUCACACGAUGCCGCAGGAUGGAAAGGCAAAACUGAAGAAGGGGUCAGGAGAUUAUUGAGAGAUUGGUGUGCUAAGAUGAAAUCUAGUAAUGAAGAGAAAGAGGUGGAUGUACUUGGUGUAUUUGCUAUACCAGAUACCACCGACAUCAAGCAGAAAGUUGAAGAGCGAGAGAAAAUUCUAAUUGAAUUGGAAGUUGAAACGAGGGUGAACCAGAAUCUCAAUCCACCAAGAAUUCUUCGCCUGUCCGUCCAAUCCCUCCAGAUGAUUUCCUAG